AUGACAACAGUCUCCAUAACAGUUGGUGAGAGAAGGACAGUACAGAACCCACAAGAACAUGAGAGAAGGACAGUACAGAACCCACAAGAACAUGAGAGAAGGACAGUACAGAACCCACAAGAACAUGAAAGAAGGACAGUGCAGAACCCACAAGAACAUGAGAGAAGGACAGUACAGAAACCACAAGAACAUGAAAGAAGGACAGUGCAGAACCCAGAAGAACAUGAGAGAAGGACAGUACAGAACCCACAAGAACAUGAGAGAAGGGCAGUACAGAACCCACAAGAACAUGAGAGAAGGACAGUGCAGAACCCACAAGAACAUGAGAGAAGGACAGUACAGAACCCACAAGAACAUGAGAGAAGGACAGUGCAGAACCCACAAGAACAUGAGAGAAGGACAGUGCAGAACCCACAAGAACAUGAGAGAAGGACAGUGCAGAACCCACAAGAACAUGAGAGAAGGACAGUACAGAACCCACAAGAACAUGAGAGAAGGACAGUGCAGAACCCACAAGAACAUGAGAGAAGGACAGUGCAGAACCCACAAGAACAUGAGAGAAGGACAGUGCAGAACCCACAAGAACAUGAGAGAAGGACAGUACAGAACCCACAAGAACAUGAGAGAAGGACAGUACAGAACCCACAAGAACAUGAGAGAAGGACAGUGCAGAACCCACAAGAACAUGAGAGAAGGACAGUACAGAACCCACAAGAACAUGAGAGAAGGACAGUACAGAACCCACAAGAACAUGAAAGAAGGACAGUACAGAACCCACAAGAACAUGAGAGAAGGACAGUGCAGAACCCACAAGAACAUGAGAGAAGGACAGUGCAGAACCCACAAGAACAUGAGAGAAGGACAGUGCAGAACCCACAAGAACAUGAGAGAAGGACAGUGCAGAACCCACAAGAACAUGAGAGAAGGACAGUGCAGAACCCACAUGAACAGGAAACAACUGUUAAAGGAAGACUCAACUUCUGUGAGGGGUAG